ACCUUCUCCACAGUCGAGCUUCAACUGUUCCUGAGAUGACGCCGCCCCCAAGAGAGAUUCACAACUGGGUGCUGCCCUUGGCGGCCACCGCCUUACUCCUCCUAACCGGAGUGGCCCGGGCUGAGGAACCCAUCUAUCGCCUUUGUGUACCCCAAAUUUACCUGACCGAGUGCCAGCAGCUCCUGGCCGAUCCCUCGGAGGCGGGAAUCCGAAUGGAAUGUGUUGCCGGUAGGGAUCGAGUGGAUUGUCUGGAAUUAAUCGAGCAACGCAAGGCCGAUGUGCUGGCCACGGAGCCGGAGGACAUGUACAUCGCUUACCAUCGUAAGAACGAGGACUAUCGCGUGGUCUCCGAGAUUCGUACGCAGCAGGACAAGGAUGCUGCCUUCCGUUACGAGGGCAUUAUUCUGGUGAAGAAGACCUCACCGAUUCGCACCUUGGAGCAGCUGCGUGGCGCCAAAUCCUGUCACACCGGUUUCGGACGCAAUGUGGGCUACAAGAUUCCCAUCACCAAGCUAAAGAACUCGCAUGUCCUCAAGGUCUCCGCCGAUCCACAGAUCUCGGCCACGGAACGUGAGCUGAAGUCUUUGUCCGAGUUCUUCACCCAAUCCUGCCUGGUGGGCACCUACUCGACGCAUCCGGAAACCGAUCGUCUUCUCAAAAAGAAGUACUCGAAUCUGUGCGCUCUGUGCGAGAAGCCGGAGCAAUGCACCUAUCCGGAUAAAUUCAGUGGCUACGAUGGCGCCAUUCGAUGCCUGGACAAGGGACAGGGCGAGGUGGCCUUCUCCAAGGUGCAGUAUAUCAAGAAGUAUUUCGGUCUGCCCGGCGCUGGUCCGGAUGCACCCAAGGCGGAGGGCAAUCCGGAUGACUUUGAGUAUCUGUGUGAGGAUGGCACAAGGAGGCCCAUCACUGGACCGGCCUGCUCCUGGGCCCAACGACCCUGGAGCGGUUAUAUCUCCAACGAGAAGGCCGUUCACAACACGGAGCAGCUGCAUCAGCUGCAGUCGCGUCUAGAGCGAUUCUUUGCCAAUGGUCUGCAGGCGCAGAACAAGGAUGCCGCCGCCCAUUUGCUCAUCCAACCGAAUGCCGUUUAUUAUAGCAAGGAGGCGGCCAUUGAUCCCAAGGUCUAUCUGGAGCGGGCUGGCUACAAGGAUGUGAUCGAGCGUGAUGGCAGUGCCAUCCGGAAGAUCAAGUUGUGUGCCCAGGGCGAUGAUGAGUAUGCCAAGUGUCAGGGUCUGCAUCAGGCCGCCUAUGCCCGUGAUGCUCGUCCUGAAUUGGAGUGCGUCCAGUCCACCGAUUGCCUGGAGUCCAUAACCAAGAAGGAGGUGGAUUUGGUCAUUCUGCCGGCAACGGGUUAUGCUGAGGCACGUCGCAAUAAGCUCCAGCCGCUGGUCUACGAACAGAGGGCCCAGGACGAUGUCCUGGUGGCAGUGGCAGCCCCAAGUGUGGGACGUGAGGCGCUGCAAAAGGCCAAUAUCAAAUUCGAUGAGGGAUCUGAGCGCGCCCGCUUGGCCGCCGCCUUCUUGAACAAGCGACGUGACCUGGACGCCUGCCGUGUUACCUCCUCAGCCGACGCACCUGUCCAGAUUGUGCCCGCCACCGAGCUGGAGAAGCACAAGGAUGAGCAGCUGGUGUGCCCCAGCUUGGAGCGACGACCAGUCACCGAUUUCCAGACCUGCAACGUGGAUGUGGAGCUGCCGCGCGCCAUCUUCAUUAGAACCGAUACCACGUCCGUGGAGCAGGACACCGUGAAGCAUUUGUUCUCACUGAUCUCGGACAAGUUUGGAGCUCACGGCAAGUUGGUGGAUGUCUUUGACUUGUUCGGAGAGUUCCAGAAGGGCAAGCAUAACGUGUACUUUGAUGACAAGGCUGUUGCCCUGGCCACAGAGAUCAAGAGUGAAAUCCAAGAUGAGCAGAUCUAUGGAGAGCUCCAGUGCGAUGGCAACAAGAUUGCCAAGCAGUAAGGAACUCCUUUCGAUAUCAAUAAACUUUAAGAUGAAUAUUUCAA